CUAUAUAUAUAUUAUUCUUCUAUUAUAUAUACACAGUAAGUUUCAUCCUCGUGUUAUAAAAUAAGGAGUAGAAUAAAGUAACCAUAAUUUUUGUUAAAAUUAUGAUACCUGCAUCUUGCACAAUAAGUAACUGACAUGGUUAUAUAUCUAUCGAAUGAAAUGAUUUUGUCGAAUAUGCAAAUAAGAUUAUAAAACAUCAUUUGUCAUAUAUUGUUUUUGUCUUUAGUCGAACCUUGUGUCUGUGAACUUUACGGAAAUGAUUAAUAGUAUUCUAUUCCUUUGAAUUCUUUGUACAUUAUCACGGAAAAAGUUUAUAUUUCGUAUUGUAACAAGGUUUUUCAUUGUUCAACUAUAACAAGGUAGGAAACAAAAUUUCAGAAAUACUCAUGCCUUGUAAGUAACAUUAUAACCUUGACUUUUCUUAUUCGUAGAAGAACCCAUAAUUGGCUACAAUAUCUAAAGUAGCAAAAUAAAUUCACAGUACUUUUUUAAGGAAUUAAAUAAUUUCAAUUAAUCUGUGUACAGCAAUCCUCUGUUAAGAACCGCAAUUAACAUUUCAUUUUGAACUUUUUCCAAAUGUAGGUAAAAUCGGACUAUUAAAAAUUACGAUAGUAACGUGAACCAAUGUUACUUUUGAGAGAAAUAAGUUGAUCCACACGAUAGGCACUGAAUGUACAAUUCGCCUUUAAAAUCUUCGGGAAAUUUUAUUUUUGCCGUGAAUAAUUCNUGGUUGAGUAUCUCAAUUUGUCGAAUGGAAUUUAAAUCAAUUCAUCUACUACAAUUUGCGUAUUUACUGACUUUCUUUUACUAGGAAGUACAGGUUCUUUGUUAAUUGUGUGCAAGCCACAUACAUUCUCAGCAGUGAUAUCUUCAUUAAUUUUGGCGUACAUAUAAGUAAACUAUAUACAACUAGCAAUACAGUAUUUCUCAUAUAUCUAUCAAUUCGUUAUUUCAGUUUUUCUUAUUAUACCACAUCAAAAGCAUAAACAUUUCACAUCUUUAUUGAUUUACUAUAUCUCGAUUAUCGUAGUAUAUCUUCCCGUUUUUGUUUUGUUUCAAAACUCUGUAUCACACUGUAAACCAACGUAAAUUUUACUUCAAUAAGAACGUGAAGACACUUCCUACUGCGUCUGGAACGUAAAAUGUACAUUAAAUAGAAGAACGAUAACUAUCAGCAAUGGUUGCUGGGAAAGAGUGUUCUAGCCGUCAUAACGCGUGAUGUAUAAAAUUCAUAUCGAUCGAAAUUAUCAAAACUGUCAGAACUGUACUGUAACUGUAACUAUUAACUGUAAGUACUAUAUACAGAAUACAAUUUUGUUUUCUGAUAUUUCUGCCCAAUCUCAUAUUCGUAAUCUCUCCUCUGUCUAUAUCUCAACAUUUAUCUUCGAGGUAUCUCUGUUCUUCAACAAUAGGGGACCAAUUUUUUGUCUUCCAUUGAAUCGUCCAACAAGCGACAGUUUUAGAAAGAGAUGAUUGAUAUUUUAUGAUGUGCAUCUUAACUGAAAUCUGCAGUCCCUUAAAAGAACAAUUACGUCAUUUUCUUAUAGGCAUGCACAUAUGUAGCUACCGUAUAAACAGCUAAUACAAUAAUACCAGCAAUCAAACAGUUUUGCCUCGAUACAAUAAAUGAAAUAAUAUGAAAAUACCGUCAUUAAAUUUCUCUACACUUUACCGAAUCAAUUUACUACUACUUGAUACUUUGGAUCUAUAAAGAAUCGCUUCAUGCAUUCGGCACGGCAUGCCAGUUUUAUUGAGUUUGUGGUUCCGUGCGUUGCGUUUCCUUACAAGUCAUUGUCUCGAAAUUUGGAAACAUGGACGUAUUUCAGAAAACCGGGGAACAGUAUCCCAAUAUAUAUGACAUUCCUUAUUAUAACAUGAUCAAGAAGUAUUUGAGAUUUGUGGGCCUAGAUCCACACCAAAAAAAUGGAUUGAUCACUGUAAUUAUAAUGAUGACUAGUAUAACAACCGUACUUAUUCCAAUGUCAAUCGCAUUGUACGAAUCAUUAUACACCAAGAAUCUGGACGUGAUGCUGGAGUGUUUGCCACAUUUAGCUGCAAUUGUGACCAGUUUCGUUAAAAUAAUGAAUGUCUAUCUCAACAGAGAAAAUUUUAGAAAAUUGUUUGAUUCUAUAACGAAAGAAUGGCACCAGCUGGAAUUAAGUCAAGAUUUGUAUAUUCUGGAAGAAGUCACCAUACGAGGCAGCAAAAUGGCGAAAUUGUAUCGAAAUACAUUAAUGAUAUUUAUGGUACUCUUUUUAUUCGUUCCACUGAUUUCUCCUAUGAUGGAUAUCCUUCUUCCACUAAACGAAACUCGACCACGACAACAACUACUUAAUGUUAAUUACGUGCUUUUUGAUAGCCGUAACUAUUUUUUCUGUGUGUAUUUACAGUUAUCUUGGGCGGCAAUAGUAGUUUCAAUAAGCAUAGUUACCGUAGAUUCUUUAUUGAUGCUUAUAGUUCACCACAAUAGUGGACUAUUUAUAGUAUGUGGGCAUCAAAUCCAGAAAAAAACAAGGCACUUAAAUUCAUUUACUAAUGAAGCUAUGUCGGAACGUUACACAUAUAAAGAGAUCAGAAAUUGCGUGAUCAUGCACAAUAAAGCCAUAGACUUCUAUGAUAUAUUAGAUGAAAACAAUCGAAUUAGCUAUAUGAUUCAAAUUGGACUAACUAUGAUUGGUAUAACCACAACUGCCGUUCAAACAGUCAUUAAUUUAGAUAGACCGGGAAUAUCAAUUAAAAGCGCUGUAUUGUGCGGCGCUAAUCAGUUUCAUUUAUUUAUGCUCAGUUUACCUGGACAGAUACUUGUAGAUCAUUGCACCGAACUAACGAAACAAUUAUACGGUUCUACAUGGUAUGGAGUACCAGUAAAAACUCAAAAAAUGCUUUACAUGAUGCAGAUAAGAACUAGAAGUCCAUGUACCUUAACUGCGUGUGGAUUGUACCAAAUGAACAUUGAGAACUUUGGAACUACCUUCAAAACCUGCAUAUCGUACAUUACGAUGAUGUUGUCAUAUUCAGUGCUUCAGAUAACCGGAGGCCCCGAAAUAUUUCAAGUGCCUUACUACAGCAAACUCGAGCGAUACAUCCAACUUUUGGGACAAGAUCCGCGUCAUAAAAGUAGCACUAGAAAUAUGAUUGUGAUAAUAGUGGUGACUAGUAUCGCAAGCAUUACUAUCCCAACGACAAUAGAGUUAUUUGCGUCGUUGCAUAACAAGGACAUGGAUGGAGUCAUCGAGUGUCUGCCACACUUUGUCACAUCUUCCACCAGUGCUGUUAAAAUAUUAAAUAUGCAUUUCAACAGGCGAAGUGUGCGCAAAUUUCUUUUUAUACAGAAAAAUUGUCAACUACACACGUUGUUAAAUGGACAAAUACUUAUCUUUUUCAAGUUUAACAAACUGUUCCAACUUGUGGCAAAACAAUGGGAACAACUGAAAUUAAAUGACGAAUUACACGUUCUGGAGGAAGUCGUCAAGCAAGGCAACAGAAUGGCGCACUUUUAUCGUAACACUUUAGUAUCUUUUAUGGUAUUGUUCUUGCUAGUGCCACUAAUUUCUCCCAUUCUCGAUAUUGUCCAUCCAAUAAACGGAACUCGAACACGCCAACAACUACUAAGAGUUAAUUACAUAUUUUUUAACGACGACGACUAUUUCUUUUACAUUUAUUUACAAUUAUUUUGGAGCUCCGUCGUUAUAGUGUUCACCAUAAUUAGUGCAGACUGGUUAUACAUGUUAAUAAUUCAUCACAGUAGUGGAUUAUUUGCGGUUUGUGGACAUCGAGUCCAAAAAGCAACUGUGAAUGCAAACAACUUUACCGGUGAAUUUGUUUCUGAGAAUUACACGUAUGAAAAAAUCCGGCAUUGCGCGAUAAUGCACAAUGAAGCCAUACGAUUUUCAAAUAUAUUGAAAGAAAGCAGUCAAGGUAGUUACUUAAUUCAGGUUGGAUUGAAUAUGUUGGGGAUAAGCGCGACAGCUGUUCAAAAUGAGAUCUCAUACUCCACACGACACUUCUUAAACGCGCGAUUCCUCCAAAAGCGGUUGCACAAGAUAGAGAAGCCGACGCUGGAGACUCGAAACUACAACCAUUUGGAGUAUUUAGUGCGUCAGAAAACUGGGAGCUCCGAAAUACUUCAUGUGACAUACUACAAUAAACUCGAACGAUACAUCCAACUUUUGGGGCAAGAUCCGCGUCAUAAAAGUAGCACUAGAAAUAUGAUUGUAAUAAUAGUGGUGACUAGUAUCGCAAGCAUCACUAUCCCAACGACGAUAGAGUUAUUUGCGUCGUUGCAUAAAAAGGACAUGGAUGGAGUCAUCGAGUGUCUGUCAUAUUUUGUCACAUCUUCCACCAGUGCUGUUAAAGUACUAAAUAUGCAUUUCAACAAACGAAAUUUCAGCAAAAUGUACCAACUUGUGGCAAAACAAUGGGAGCAACUGAAAUUAAACAACGAAUUGCACGUUCUAGAGAAAGUCGUCAUGCAAGGCAACAGGUUGGCGCACUUUUAUCGUAACACUUUAGUAUCUUUUAUGGUAUUGUUCUUGCUGGUGCCACUAACUUCUCCAAUUCUUGAUAUUGUCCAUCCAAUAAACGGAACUCGAAAACGUCAACAACUACUAAGAGUUAAUUACAUAUUUUUUAACGGUGACGACUAUUUCUUUUACAUUUAUUUACAAUUAUUUUGGAGCACUGUCGUUGUGGUGCUCACCAUAAUAGGUGCAGAUUGGUUAUACAUGUUAAUAAUUCAUCACAAUAGUGGAUUAUUUGCAGUUUGUGGAUAUCAGAUUCAAAAAGCAACUGCAAAUCUAAAUUACUUUUCUGGUGAAAAAGGUUAUGAAAAUCCGACGUAUGAAAAAUUCCGAAAUUGCGUGAUGAUGCACAAGGAAGCCAUACAGUUUUACAAUAUAUUGGACGAAAGCAGCCAAAGUAGUUAUUUAAUCCAGGUUGGGUUAAAUAUAUUGAGUAUAAGCACAGCAGCAGUUCAAACCGUGGUAAACAUGAACAAACCAGAAGAAGCAAUACGAAGUGCUGUAUUUUGUGGCGCUUGUCAAUUCCAUUUGUUUCUACUUAGUUUACCUGGCCAAGUGCUUCUGGAUCAUUCUUCUGAUUUAGCAGAUAAUAUUUACAGCUCCACAUGGUACAAGGCACCUGUGAAGAUUCAAAAGGUACUAUACGUGAUGCAAAUAAGAUGUAGAAGGUUUUGUUCAUUGACGGCUGGUGGAUUGUAUGAAAUGAAUAUAGAAAACUUCGGAAUAACCUUCAAAACGUGCAUAUCCUAUAUUACAAUGUUGAUGUCCAUGAAAGAAUGAAUAAGCAUUAGCUGUCGAAUGUAAUCUCAUCCACUGUAUGUUACGCACAGCUUUAUCAAGUAUAAGACUAGUAUAAUAAAUAGCUGACAUGUAAUACUGGACAUAUUGGAUGACAUUGGCGAAUAAAGAUAUAAAAACACACCCUUCAUAUAUAUUAUUAACGUCUUAAAAAAUAAAUCGUACCUAAAUAACACACAUUCACUACCAUUCCAAUAAAUUCUCCUUACGUUACUUCAAAAACAAUUUCACAACAUUUAGAAGGAUGGAAUUGAUAUCGCAUAAUGGUAAGAGUAAAAAUAAGAUAUAUCUGUUGUUACAAUAUUCGCGUGUGGCAAACAGUGAUAAACUUAUCGGUGGAGAAUCCUUCAUUGAAUAUAGGGGAAAGUAUUUGAACUUGAAUAUACCGUGCACAAAAAGCAGUUUUUAAGUAGUCAGCGCUAUGAAGAAUUUCCUACCACUUAUAACCAAUACUCAGUUGGUAUACCAAUACCCAAAUAUAAUAACUGCUCAUCUAUGUCCUGCCGAGCGCCGUAACAUGUGUUACAAGAACUUCGAAAAGCAAUCAUUUUCGUAUCAAAGACGAUGUCACAAGUUAAAAGUGAUACCGUAGUAAACUACCUGGCAACAAAUCGAUACGCUAUAAUAUGUAAUGGCAAAAUUGACGCAUUUCCAGAAACAUUGAAUGUAACUACAUAUAACUACUGCAUAACUACAUAUAAGCAUAUUGAUUUUUACGACUUCAGAAUGAGAUCUCAUACUCCACACGACACUUCUUAAACGCGCGAUUCCGCCAAAAGCGGUUGCACAAGAUAAAGUAGCCGACGUUGGAGACUCGAAACUACAACCAGUAAGGAAAAGAGAUUUACACCACAUCAAAGAAGUGGUUCUUUUUAAACUAAUGAUAAACCUGUGGAUAUUUAUGUAAACCUAUAUUUGUAGGAAUAUAAUUUAAAAAUCGUACUCACGCGUUUGCGUUUCUUUACUGAAAUAUCCUAUAAAAGCAUAAAAAUCCGCAGCGUCUAGUGAUAUUGAUGUUAUGUUGAUGUUACUUCUACGGUAUUUAAUAUAACUUCAUGGAGUAAUUAAUCUGAGUUUGGAGUAUUUAGUGCGUCAGAAAACUGGGAGCUCCGAAAUACUUCAUGUGACAUACUACAAUAAACUCGAACGAUACAUCCAACUUUUGGGGCAAGAUCCGCGUCAUAAAAAUAGCACUAGAAAUAUGAUUGUAAUAAUAGUGGUGACUAGUAUCGCAAGCGUCACUAUCCCAACGGUAAGAAAAACACGUCAAUCAUUAUAUAGAAAAGUAGAAAGGAUAAAAUAAGGAAACUGGAUUGAGUGAAUGCUACGUAAUAAAGCUAAUAAUCAGGUAAUGUCAUUAAACAAUUGGGACUUGCAAUCGAUAGACAAUAGAGUUAUUUGCGUCGUUGCAUAAAAAGGAUAUGGAUGGAGUCAUCGAGUGUUUACCACAUUUUGUUGCAUCUUCCAUCAGCGCGGUUAAAGUAUUAAAUAUGCAUUUCAAUAAACGAAAUGUGCGUAAAUAUCCUCGUACAUAAGAAUAUUUUAAACUAUACAAGUGACAUAAAAAAUUAUUUUUUUCUAGUUCAGUAAACUGUUCCAACUUGUGGCUAGACAAUGGCAGCAGCUGAAAUUCAACGAUGAAUUGCACGUUCUAGAGGAAGUCGUCAUGCAAGGCAACAGGAUGGCGCACUUUUAUCGUAGUAAGUAAAGAAUUUAAAUUCUGAACGCGAUUUCCAAUAUUUUUAAUGUUUAAAGUAAAAGAUCCUCCCUGACAUAUACAUAGAAUUAUUUACACGUAAAUAAUCAACUGUUCUAACUUUCAGACACUUUAGUGUCUUUUAUGGUAUUGUUCUUGCUGGUGCCACUAAUUUCUCCAAUGCUUGA